AUGGGCAACCAAGUGCAGGCUGGGAAUUUCACCGGCGGCGAGGCCCUCAAAAAGUUGCGCGCUAACCGCGCCAAUGACGUGCGCGAUGGAUUCCUCCGGGCAUGGAAUUCGUACAAGAAGUACGCGUUUGGCUCAGACGAGAUCAAUCCAAUUACCCUGGAGCCCCUAACCACGCGCAACGGCUGGGGAGCCACACUCAUUGACUCCCUGGACACCAUUUACAUCAUGGGGCUAAAGGAGGAGUUUAAGGAUGCGGCAGAUCUGGUCAAAAAGGUCAAUUUUGGCAAGAACGACGGCGAACCCUCAAAAGUCUUCGAGACCAACAUCCGGUACAUCGGCGGUCUGAUCUCGGCCUAUGAGCUGUCCAACGACAAAAUGUUCCUCAAGCAGGCCACUGCCUUGGCUGACAUUAUGCUUGAGGCGUUUGAUACCCCGACCGGAAUCCCCUGGCAGAUGUGGGAUGUGCAGACGGGCAAGGGUAGCUCAGAGUCCGGGCCCAUGACCAUGAACAACCUGGCAGAGAUUGGAACCUACCAGCUCGAGUUUUUCCGCCUGUCGCAACUUACUCACGACCCUGUCUACCACAAGGCCGCGCAGCGCGUCUAUGACGUUCUUCUAGACAGAAACCAGCCCAAGAAGGGUACGACAUACUCAGUCCCCGGCCUAUACCCAAUCUUCAUUGACAUUAAUAACGGCAAAUUCCUUGCCGGAAAACCCAACCUUGGCGGCGGCUCCGACUCUUUCUACGAGUACCUCAUCAAGACCUGGGCCCUCUCGGGUUUUAAGAUGCAGCGGAGCUUGGAUAUGUGGCAGGAAAGCCUCAAGGGCAUCAAAAAGUACAUUGUCACGCGCGGCUCCGACAAGAAGAUGUACAUGGGCAUUGGUGACGACGAAGGCCUUGACUCCAUCUCUGACACAUUCACAUGCUUCUUCCCGGGCACGCUUGCCCUGGCCGCUCGUCUGUUGGACGACGAAGAGACGAUGGAGCUGGCCCAUGAGCUGCUGCUGUCUAGCUACAAUACAUUCUCUCGCAUGCCCACGCAUAUUGGUCCCGAGAACUUUGGUUUCCUACCUGAUGGCGAUGAUGACUCGGACUUGCUGCUGUCGCAGCGGAAUGAGAUCAAAAAAUACGGGUUCUACCUAGAGCGCCCCUACUUCCUGAUGCGCCCAGAGGUCAUUGAGUCCAUCUUUUACUUUUACCGCAUCACUGGCGACGAGAUGUACGCCGAUUGGAUUUGGAAGAUUUGGCAGGGAAUCAAGGCCCACUGCGAGGUUGAGGGUGGGUUUGCUGGUCUGCGCGAUGUGCGUGUUGGCCGCAAGGGCGGCCUUAUUGGCAAGCAGGAGUCGUUCGUGUUUGCAGAGACUUUCAAGUACAUAUACUUGGCAUUCACCGAUCCCGAUGUCAUAUCGCUGGACGAUUACAUUUUCUCGACUGAAGGUCACCCGUUUAAGCGUUCGAUCCCGUUCAAUGGCACCUUCUAA